GGAUGUCACGGAAGGGUUCCAAAGAAACUAAAAAAGUUAACAUUUCCAGCUCCUUGGAGUCUGAAGAUAUUAGUUUGGAGACUACAAUACCAACUGAUGAUAUUUCCUCCUCAGAAGAACGGGAAGGCACUGUCAAAAUUACCAGGCAGCUGAUAGAGCGGAAGGAGCUGCUUCAUAAUCUCCAGUUGCUGAAAAUAGAGCUUUCCCAGAAAAACCUGAUGUUAGACAACCUGAAAGUGGAGUACCUGACAAAGAUCGAAGAACUAGAAGAAAGGCUGAAUGAUGCUCUCCACGAAAAGCAGCUUCUGUCGCUACGACUAGACAACCAGCUGGCAUUACAGCAAGAAGAUGCUCGAAAACAUCAGGAGUUAAUGAAACAGGAAAUGGAGACCAUCUUGUUGCGCCAGAAGCAACUAGAGGAGACUAAUCAUCAGUUAAGAGAGCGGGCAGGAGAUAUUCGUCGCAACUUGCGUGACCUUGAAUUGACUGAAGAAUACUAUGCCAGGCUCAAAUCCCUCCCUGAGGAAGAACUUUCACUUCCGGAAUAUGUGUCUACCAGAUUCUAUGAAGUGGUGCAUCCCUUAAAAAAAGAACUAAAUGAGCUGCAGGUGAAAAGGGACCUGUUAUCUGAAGAACUGAAUGAUUACAAGUCUCAGCUGAAAAACCUGAUGGAGAGUUAUGAAACGGAGAGAAGGAAUCGGUCCGAGCUAGAUGUCAGAUGUCAACGUUUAACGCUCGAACUAGCAGAUACAAAGCAAAUGGUGCAUCGGGGAGACUACAGGCAAGAGAAUUAUGAUAAAGUAAAGUGCGAGCGGGACGCAUUUGAACAUGACUUGUCGGAACUGCGAAGGAAAUACGAAAUACUAGAAGUAUCUCACACGGCACUAUCCAAAGAAAGAGAUGAUUUAUCAAAAGAGGUUGCGACUUUACAGCAGUCUGUCACCUUGCUGCAAAAGGAUAAGGAUUAUCUCAAUCGUCAAAACAUGGAGCUCAAUGUCCGUUGUGCUCAUGAAGAAGAUCGUCUCGAAAGGCUUCAGGUUCAGCUAGAAGAUGCCAAGAAAGCCAGAGAGGAAAUGUAUGAGAAAUAUGUGACCUCCAGAGACCAUUAUAAAACAGAAUAUGAAAACAAACUGCAUGACGAACUAGAACAAAUAAGGCUGAAAACAGGCCAGGAGAUAGAACAUCUUCGGACAGCAACAAAGGAAAUGUAUGAACGUGAAAACAGAAAUUUGAGGGAAGCAAGAGAUAAUGCUGUGACUGAAAAAGAGAGAGCUGUGGCAAGUGAAAAAGAUGCAUUUGGGAAAUACGAGCAGCUUUUGGAACAGUAUCGGCAGCUGCAGCUCAGCACGGAAAGCAAAGUGGCCGAACUUCUCCAUCAGAACAAAUUAAGGUCCUUCGAAAGCGAGCGCACGCAGCUCGUGCAAGAGGAAACCUCCAAGAAUCUCUCGCAGUGCCAGCUGGAGUGCGAAAAGUACCAGCGAAAACUGGAGGUUUUAACCAAGGAGUUUUAUAGCCUUCAAGCGGCCAGUGAGAAGCAGAUUUUGGAACUUCAGUCUCAGAAUUCCGACUACCAGGCAAGGCUCAACACAUAUGAAAAACUAGAAAAGGAGCUGGAUGAGAUCAUAAUGCAAACUGCAGAAGUGGAGGACGAAGACGAAGCGGAGCGCGUUCUGUUCUCCUACGGAUACGGCGCUAACGUUCCUACGACAGCCAAAAGGCGAUUGAAACAAAGUGUCCAUUUGGCGAGGAGGCUGCUACAGCUAGAGAAGCAGAACUCCCUGCUUGCAAAAGACCUGGAAUACCAGAAGGAGCAAGUAACCCAGAUUGCACAAGAGCUGGACAGAGCAAAUUCCUUGUUGAAUCAAGUCCAGCAGCCUUAUAGAUACCUGAUUGAAUCUGUACAGCAGAGAGACUCUCAAAUACUUUUGCAUAAAGAACAUAUUGCGCAACUUGAGAAGGAUGUUAGCCUUUUAAAUAAAGAAAAGACAGCUUUGCUGCGUGUCAAGAAUCAAAUGGCAGCAGAUUUAGAAAGGCUUCUAAAUCACCGUGAGGAACUUGCUGCGAUGAAACAGAUGUUGAUCAAUCUUCAUGGUAACCCCCCUGGCGACGCUUCACCUCAGAAAAAGGUUAAAAGUCGGCCAGCAAAAGCCCAAUCCAGUUCCUCUGUCACUUUGCCUUUAGAGCGAGAGGCAGAAAAUGUGUUUGCGCCUAAACCAACAUUAUUUACAAAUAAAGCACCACCGCAAUGGUUGAAGAAGGUGAAGCAGAAAAAAACAGAGUAGUUUGGUAACCUGAAGAAGUAAAUGUUGGUU